AUGAACAAGAAAAAAGAGCUCGGGGAAAUUCCGCCUGUGUUUCCAAAUGGCUGGUUUGCGCUAAUGGAAAGCAACGAUUUGGCGAAAAAUUCCAGCAAAUUCAUCCAAGCUUUAGGUGAGAAUUUUGCGGUAUUUCGAGACGCUGAUGGAGAAGUACAUGUACUUGAUGCGUACUGUCCUCAUUUGGGAGCAAACUUGGCCAUUGGAGGCAAAGUUCGAGGCAAUUGCAUCGAGUGUCCUUUCCACGGCUGGCUGUUCGAUGGCAACUCUGGCCAGUGCACAUCUAUUCCAUAUUCUUCCUCAAAACCUCCGGUCCAGGCAAAGGUAAAAUCUUGGCCUUGCGCCGAAAGCCUCGGGUUCAUCAUGGUUUGGUACCACGCUGAAGCCGAGGAACCAUUUUGGCAACCACCACAGAUCAAAGGGGUAUCUGAUGGAGAAUUUUCAUUUUGCGGAAGAUCCGAACAUUACAUCAGCACUCAUAUUCAGGAUUUACCGGAGAAUGGUUCAGAUGUCGCUCACCUGAAUGUGCUACACACCGCAGGAAUUCCCGCGGGACCACGUUUGGUUGAUUUGCAUGGAUUCCUUAGCAAGAUUUUUACUCAUUCUUGGACAGCUUCAUGGAAACAAGGUGAUCCCUCACAUACUUCAACUGUGGCAUUAACCCAUACCGGGAAGGUCUUAAACUGGCGAGUCCCAUUCAUGGAUAUUAUUUCCAACAUCGAGCAGAAAGGACCUGGUAUAGUUAUCCUGAGGUUUGAUUCGUUGUUUGGACUCGGUCAAGGUGUUCUAGUCCAAACUGUCACACCUGUGGAACCUCUGAUGCAACGAAUGGUUCACAGAUUUUACUUCAGUAAUCCUUGGCUCAAGAUUGUUGGGAAAAUCUUCCUCUACGGCGAGAAUGUUCAGGUAUCUUGAACGAGACAUAGCCGUGUGGAACAGCAAAAAAUUCAUACGUCAUCCGCUGCUAGUGAAAGAAGA